UGUUGUAUCCUGGAUGUCUGGAAGUGAAGCAUGAUAAGCACACUCUAUCAUCAGUUCUUAGUGUCUGUACAAGACUUGCUGCCCUAGAUUUGGGCACACAAAUCCAUCAGCUGAUUACCAAAACUCACACUGCGGAUCUACCAAUCAAUAAUUCACUUGUUACAAUGUACUCGAGGUGUGGGGAAAUGAACGAGGUCAGAGGAUGCAGAAGGAUGUAAUCUCCUGGAAUGCAAUUAUAGGUGGAUAUGCAUCUCAUGGAUGUGCAAUAACAGCUUUACAACUUUUUGAAGAAAUGAAGAGGCUAGAAUGUUUAUGCCUAUCGUUAUUACAUUUGCAUCAAUCUUGAAUGUUUGUGCCCAUGAUGGCUUAUUGAAAGAAUGUAACAAGUACGUAUAACAUUAUGUUGCACUAGUUGAUAAAAUCAAGUACUCUAACCUCAGCACCAAGAUGACAUUGAUCAGUUUGUAAAGGACAAGAAGAAAACAUGAAGCUACAACAACAAACAAUACGGCUGAUGUUCACGACUCCACCAGAGCUCACAUUUGAGAGUAAGUCAAUGUUGACACAAUCAAUUUCAGAAAUUCACACAGACAAUUCAUCGAACACCUAGCGGGCAAUCCCAAUUUUGCGACCGAAAUUCAAUAAAAAACCAGAAGAGUAGAAACUUACACUGAGAUUUUCUUGUGGUUAGUUUGAUUGUAGUAGUGCCAUUGGAAUGGAUAUGGGUCUUCUUUUUUCUCACCGUGAUUUCGUCGCUUCUCUCCUCUGUUCUGCAUUAAAGAAUUGAGCUUUGAAGCAAAGUCUCCACGCUGCUGAAAUAGCUAUCAAUCUCCUCUUCAGUACUCGUGUGGGUGUUUAGAUAUGUAGGACUUGAAUCAAGAGGAUGAAGAAGACUUGAACUGAGCGGCGACAUCUCUGUAGAGAAGCUGCUGCCAUUGCUAAAAUCUGGUAGCUGUUGUUGGACAUAAAGCUUAAGUUGUCAGAUGAUGAGGCGCAUAACAAUUUAUUUGGUAAUUUGGCACGUGUGAACUCUUUGGUGUACGUUAAUAUUAACGUACACCUGUUGCGCGCAAGACCGAUUGUUGGCGAUUAGCGUGUGUAAUGCUAUUUACAAAUCAUUAUAACAAUAAUAGUACCAAAAUGAUUUGGGAUCGGCUUAUGUGAACCUUUAUAACAAUAACAGCCCCAAACCAUGUUACCUUUCUUGUUUUUUCUGAUGCAAGUCUAAACCUUUCUUGUUGAUUGUAUCUUUAAUGUUUGGAAAUUGGAUGUAAAAUUUCAUGUUUCCACCCACACUCACACUCACACUCACAUACUCAAUCUCAAUCUAAUGGCUUCUUCAAUCCAACCCUCUCUCUUGAACUCUUCUUUAACAACCAUGCCAAACUAUCACAUAUUGAAGAAUACCCAUUUCAACAUCCCCCUCAAAACCUCCAAAAUUGAGACAAAAUCUAUUAGUUCCUCACCACUAAAAGAAAUUUGCAAACAGGGUAAUCUAAAAGAAGCUUUUCUAUCACUCACCAACUAUUUGUCUCACCAAAAUGUAGCCCAUUUAUCUCCUGAUGAAGCAUUUUCAUCAGUUAUUGAACUUUGUGCAGGGAAGAAAUCGACGAGGGAAGGAAAACAGAUUCAUACCCAUGUAAUAAAAUCAAAUGGGCAUGGAAAUUCUGUGUUUUUGAGGACUAAGCUUGUGUUCUUUUAUGGGAAAUGUGGGGCGGUUGUUGAUGCUAAGAAGGUGUUCGAUGAAAUGCCCCAGAGAACUAUUUUUUCCUGGAAUGCUAUGCUUGGUGCUUAUGUUUCCAAUGGGAAGCCUAGGGAAACACUUGAAUUGUACCAAGGGAUGCGGGUUCUUGGGGUGAAUGUUGAUGCUUGCACAUUCCCUUGUGUAAUUAAAGCUUGUGGCUUGAUAAAAGACCUAAGAUUAGGGAGUGAAAUCCAUGGUUUUGCAGUUAAAUCUGGGUGUGAGUCCAAUGGUUUUGUUGUGAAUGCCCUUGUGAGUAUGUAUGCUAAAUGUGAAGAUACUGUUGGUGCAAGGCAGUUAUUUGACAGAAUUCAAGAAAAAGAUGAUGUUGUGUUAUGGAAUUCAAUCAUUUCAGCAUAUUCUGCAAGUGGGAAGCCUAUUGAAGCAAUAACUCUGUUCAGAGAAAUGGAGAAAGCUGGUGUUGGAAUGAAUAGUUAUACUUAUGUUUCUGCACUUCAAGCAUGUGAGGAGCCAUUCAGGAGGUUAGGGAUGGAGAUUCAUGCUGCAAUUUUGAAGUCGAAUGAUCAUACGCAUCUCUAUGUAGCCAAUGCUUUGCUUGUUAUGUAUACAAGGUGUGGAAGAAUGAAAGAGGCAGCUCAAAUCUUCCUUAAAAUGACUGAUAAAGAUAGCAUAACAUGGAAUUCUAUGCUAUCUGGUUUUGUACAAAAUGGUUUCUAUAAUCAGGCUCUUCAAUUCUUUCAUGAAACACUGGUUGCAGGACAGGUAGCUGAUCAGGUCUCUUUGAUUAGUAUCCUUGGAACUUCUGGAAGGUUAAAGAACUUACUCAAUGGAAUGGAAGCUCAUGCUUAUGCUAUGAAAAAUGGAUUAGAUUCUGACAUUCAAGUUGCAAACUCAUUAAUAGAUAUGUAUUCCAAAUGUUGUCACGUAAACUAUAUGGAACGCGUUUUUAGAAGCAUGUUUUGUAGAGAUGUUGUUUCUUGGACUACAGUUAUAGCUGGCUAUGCUCAAAGCAAUCAUCAUACUAAAGCCUUGGAUGUGUUCCGAGAAGUACAAACUGACGGGCCAGAAGACGGGGUGAAUAUUGAUGCCAUGAUGAUUGGAAGUGUUCUGCUUGCCUGUACCUCUUUGAGACAACUUAAUCAUGUAAAAGAGACACAUGGAUAUAUCUUGAGAAAAGGGCUAUCUGAUUUAGUGUUGGAUAACACACUUGUAGAUGCAUAUGGAGAAUGCAACAAUAUAGAGUUGGCAUUUAGUAUGUUUAAGUUGAUUGAAAACAAAGAUGUUGUUUCUUGGACUAGUAUGAUAUCAGCUUAUGUUGAUAAUGGAUUUGGAGAUAAAGCUCUUAGCCUUUUUCGUUCUAUGAUAAAAGACGGAUUGAAACCAGAUUCCGUGGCAUUAAUCAGCCUACUUUCAGCCACAGCUAGUCUCUCUGCCUUGAAAAAAGGGAAAGAAGUUCAUGGGUUCUUAAUCAAGCAAGGGUUUCUUCUAGAAGGUUCUAUUGCUAGCUCUCUUGUUGAUAUGUAUGCAAGAUGUGGAACAUUAGAGAAUUCAUUUAAGGUGUUUGACAUCGUCAAGGAAAAGGAUACAGUUCUAUGGACUUGUAUGAUCCAUGCUUGUGGAAUGCAUGGGUGUGGAAAGGAAGCUGUUGAGCUGUUUAACAAGAUGAAGAUGGAAAAUAUAAAACCUGAUCAUAUUACAUUUUUGGCACUUCUUUAUGCAUGUAGCCAUUCAGGGAUGAUUGAUGAAGGUAAAAGAUAUCUGGAAAUUAUGAAAGAUGAGUAUAAGUUUGAGCCAUGGCCUGAACAUUAUGCCUGUGUGGUUGACCUUUUAGGCCGAGCAAACCGGCUAAAAGAAGCAUAUCAGUUUGUGAAAACCAUAGUUGAACCUGGUGCUGUUGUCUGGUGUGCUCUUCUUGGUGCUUGCCAUGUUCACUGCAACAAAGAAUUGGGAGAAAUUGCUGCAGAAAAGUUGUUGGAUUCAGAACCAGAAAACCCAGGAAAUUAUGUGUUAGUUUCUAACAUGUUUGCUGCAUUUAAAAGGUGGGAUGAUGUUGAGUUAGUUAGAGAAAGAAUGAAGGAAAAAGGGUUGAAGAAAACUCCAGCUUGUAGCUGGUUAGAAAUGAGAGGUAAGGUACAUAGUUUCAUGGCAAGGGAUAAAACUCACCCUCAAAGUGACCAAAUAUAUGAAAAAUUGGAUGAAGUUAUAGAGGUAUUGAAGAAGGAAGGAGGUUAUGUUGCUGAAACUAAGUAUGUUUUGCAUAAUGUUGAUGAAGAGGAGAAAACUAAGAUGUUGUAUGGUCAUAGUGAGAGGUUGGCUAUUGCAUAUGCACUCCUUGAAUCUUCAAAGGGAGCCCCUAUUCGAGUGAACAAGAACCUUCGUGUUUGUGGGGAUUGUCAUGCUUUUAUCAAGUUAGUGUCUGAAUUCUUUGACAGGGAAAUUAUUGUAAGGGAUGCUAGCAGAUUUCACCAUUUUCGGCAUGGAAGUUGCUCUUGUGGCGAUUUUUGGUAG